AUGCCGGAGCCCGGGCCGGACGCCUCCGGCACCGCCAGCGCGCCGCCGCCUCCGCAGCCGCCUCCUCCACCGCCGGCGCCCAAGGAAUCCCCGUUCUCCAUCAAGAACCUGCUCAACGGCGAUCACCACCGGCAGCCCCCUAAGCCCCAGCCGCCCCCACGGACGCUCUUCGCCGCCGCCAAGGGGGCCCUGGAGGGCGCCGCGGGCUUCGCGCUCUCGCAGGUGGGCGACCUGGCUUUCCCCCGCUUUGAGAUCCCAGCGCAGAGGUUUGCCCUGCCCGCGCACUACCUGGAGCGCUCCCCGGCCUGGUGGUACCCCUACACCCUGACCCCCGCCGGCGGCCACCUCCCGCGACCAGAAGCCUCGGAGAAGGCCCUCCUGCGAGACUCCUCUCCGGCCUCCGGUACCGACCGGGACUCCCCCGAGCCGCUGCUCAAGGCCGACCCGGAUCACAAGGAGCUCCUGGACUCCAAGAGUCCGGACGAGAUCAUCCUGGAGGAGAGCGACUCGGAGGAAGGCAAGAAGGAGGGCGAGGCCGCGGCGGGCGCGGCAGGCGCCGGCGCGGGCGGAGCCGGCGCGGGGACAGCGGCGGCGGCGGCGGCGGGCGCCGAGGACUGGAAGAAGGGCGCCGAGAGCCCCGAGAAGAAGCCCGCGUGCCGCAAGAAGAAGACGCGCACGGUGUUCUCGCGCAGCCAGGUCUUCCAGCUCGAGUCCACCUUCGACAUGAAGCGCUACCUGAGCAGCUCGGAGCGCGCCGGCCUGGCCGCGUCGCUGCACCUCACCGAGACGCAGGUCAAGAUCUGGUUCCAGAACCGCCGCAACAAGUGGAAGCGGCAGCUGGCGGCCGAGCUGGAGGCGGCCAACCUGAGCCACGCCGCGGCGCAGCGCAUCGUGCGCGUGCCCAUCCUCUACCACGAGAACUCGGCGGCCGAGGGCGCAGCGGCCGCGGCCGCGGGGGCCCCGGUCCCGGCCAGCCAGCCCUUGCUCACCUUCCCGCAUCCGGUCUACUAUUCGCACCCGGUGGUCUCUUCCGUGCCGCUGCUCAGGCCGGUCUGA